AGAAGGCAGCACAUAUAUUUAUUUACGGCGAUUAACUUCGAAAGCUUAUUACGAACCACUAUGUCACGAAAAAGUAUUAAAAAAGCGGUAUAUAGAACAGCGUUCCGUCGAAACGAGGAUUUUUUACUGGCAGGAAUUCCGGAAUUGCAGCCAACUACGUCAUCCAAUUUUAUAGUGAAACGACGAAGGCUUAUUUCCGUUGCGGAUAAUGCAGAGCCUACAAAUGAAGCGGCAAUUGCACCCAAACCGAUUUUCGUGUCGUCAGAUGAAUCGGAAGGAGAAAAUUUGAGAAAUGAUUCACUUCCAGAAUCAAGCGAUUCUUCCGACUGUGAAAAAUCUGUUUGUAUCGAGCCUCCUGUAGCCAUUGAAGGACAAUUCAGCGUUUUGGAAAAAUCAAGACGGUCUCACGAAAGUCAGGACAAAUCCUGAAAAAUCAGAACACCUG